ACACUCCUCGAUUCAUAAAAUUACACACUCCCCUUUUUUACUAUUUAAACAUUUACGAAAAUAGUAAAAUCCCCAAUUUAAUUUUCUAGGGUUUGCAAUUUCAGUUUCAAUUCUCCAUGGAUAGACACCGCGGCGGCGCAGCCGAUCGCUACGGCGACUCGCGGCCCUACCGCAACUCCAGAGCGCCUCCUCCGCCUCCGCCACGAGGCGACGGCGCUUAUCCAAUGAAAAAACACCACAACAAUCACAAUCACACUAGCCCUGAUGGGAGUUACUUUAAUUCGGGGUUUUCUAGCGGCGGUCGUGACCGUGGUGGUGUCAAUAGUCCACCUAGGUUUUCGGGUGGUGGAGGUGGAGGGCGUGGACCGGGGUUUCGAGGCGGUGGAGGACGUGGAGGUUCUGGUAAUUUUGAUCAGAGGAGUCCAAAUGGUGGUGGAGGACGUGGUGGUAUGGGUAAUUUUGAUAAACAGGGUCCAGGUAGUGGUGGAGGUCGUGGCGGUGCGGGGAAUUUUGAUCAACGGGGUCCAAGUGGUGGUGGUGGACGUGGCAAUUUUGAUCACCAAGGUCCUCCGGCAAGUGGUGGAGGCUAUGGUCCAGGUAAUUUUGAUCAACAGGGUGUGGUUGGUGGUGGAGAACGGGGAAAUUUUGAUUAUCAUGGUCCGAUAACUGGUGGAGGCUAUGGUCAUGGUAAUUUUGAUCAACAGGGUCCAAUUAGUGGCGGAGAGCGUGGCAAUUUUGAUCACCAGGGUCCGGUUAGUCGUGGAGGACGUGGCGGUGUGGUUAACUAUGAUGAACAAGGUCCAGUUAGUGUUGGAGGACGGGGUGGUAUGAGUAAUUUUGAUCAACAAGGUCCAAUUAGUGGCAGAGCCCAUGGUGAUUUUGAUCAGCAGGGUCCACUUAGUGGUGGAGCACGGGGUAAUUUUGAACAGCAGGAUUCAGUUAGUGGUGGAGGACGGGGUAAUUUUGAUCGGCAGGGUCCAAUUAGUGGUGGGCGGGGUAAUUUUGACCAGCAGGGUCCAGUUAGUGGUGUAGGACGGGGUAAUUUUGACCAGCAGGGUCCAGUUAGUGGUGGAGGACGUGGCGGUGCAGUUAAUUUUGAUCACCAAGGUCCUGUAAUAAGUGGAGGACGUGGCGGUGCUGUUAAUUUUGAUCAACAGGGUCCUACUACUGGUGGAGGACGUGGAGGUAGGGUUGAUUUUGAUCCACAGGGUCCAGUUACUGGCCAUAAGCGAGGGUAUCCUUUUUCCGCUCCUGCGGUAUCUCCAGAUAAUCAAGAUGGGGGUGCUUUCGCCAAACUUUUUGUCGGUUCUGUUCCAAGGACAGCCACUGAAGAAGAUAUACGGCCGUUGUUUGACCAACAUGGACGCGUUCUAGAGGUUGCUCUGAUCAAGGACAAGAAAACUGGGCAACAGCAAGGAUGUUGUUUUAUAAAAUAUGCUACUUCAGGGGAGGCAGAUAGGGCUAUUAGAGCUUUGCAUAAUCAGCACACUUUACCCGGGGGGGUGGGUCCUAUCCAAGUGAGAUAUGCUGAUGGGGAGCGAGAGCGCUUAGGUGCAGUUGAGUACAAAUUGUUCGUUGGCUCACUGAACAAACAAGCUAUAGAAAAAGAAGUCGAGGAGAUAUUUUCGCCAUAUGGUCGAGUUGAAGAUGUGUAUCUAAUGCGUGAUGAAAUGAAGCAGAGUCGUGGAUGUGGGUUCGUGAAAUAUUCGAGUAGAGAAUCGGCAAUGGCUGCAAUAAAUUCACUUAGUGGAAGUUAUAUAAUGAGAGGUUGUGAUCAGCCACUAACUGUUCGGUUUGCUGAUCCCAAAAGGCCAAGACCAGGGGAAUCAAGAAAUGGUCCUUCAUUUGGUGGUCCUGGUUUUGGUCCUCGGUUUCAACCACCAGGGCUUAGGCCAAUGCCAAACACGAUUGAGACUACUCACAACCAUAAUCUGCCUAAUACCUGGCAUCCAAUGAGUCCGCAGAAUCAAGUGCCAUCUGACGUUGGGAUACAUACCCGGUUUCCAGCACCUUCAACACCAGGUGGUUCUUCCUCUGGGGGCUUUAGUGGCUCUGCUGACGGUUCUUCCCCUGUGUUUCCAGUUUCGUCAUCAACAGUGCCACAGAAUUAUAAUCAGUCAAAGCCGCAAGUCCCGUCUUUUAGCCAGCAAAUUACACCAGUGCAACAACAGCCAUAUCACUCAUCACAGCAGUACCCAUCUUCGAUGCAGUCACAAUCAGCAGGAUCUUACCCUCAGAAACAAACCUCUGUUGCACAGACUCCUUAUAGUCAGACAUAUUCAUCUCAAAAGCAGCCUGGUGUAAAUGGGCAGCUGCCUGUUUCACUAUCGCAUAACCAGCAGAAUCUUCCACCUGCUUCGACACAAAUCCCGUCAAAUAAUAAUGUACCACCACAAUCUCUCCCUGGUAUUGCAAAUCAACCACAGUUAAAUCCUCAGCAGCAAUUUCCUCAACCUCUUCACCAGUCGCCCUCUCAGUUGACAGCACAGAUGCUGUCACAGCAGACACAAGCUCUGCAGGCAAGGCUUCAAUCAUCACAACAGGCAUUCUCACAGAUCCAGCAACAGCUGCAGAUGAUGCAACCAUCAAAUCAGAGUUUUACGAUGCAGCAAGGUCCAAAAGCUAGUUCUCAGCAGACCUCGUGGGAUGGAAUGACUCCACAGACAAGUGCCAGCAGCAAGGUCAAUCCUCCGGUUGCAGAUGGGCCUUCUGCUGCAACUGCACCUUCAGUUAUUCCUGAGAUGACACACACAGCAGUUCCUUUGAAAUGUAACUGGACAGAGCAUACCUCUCCCGAAGGAUUCAAAUACUACUACAAUAGUACAACUGGUGAAAGCAAAUGGGAAAAGCCAGAGGAGCUGUCAUCAUUUGAAAAACAGCAGACACAACUACAGAAAUCUUCAGUUCAACAGCCUCAAAGUCAGUUUCAGCCCCAAGGUCUCCCUACUCAGCAAGUUCCUCCAAACCCUCAAGGUCAAUUCCAGCCACAACUUCAACCGCAGCUCCGCUACCCACCACAGCUGCAACAGCCCUCUCAGUCUUCUUCAUACCAGGCUCCUGGAUAUGCAGGUCACCAAGGUACUCAGGAUAUUGCCUAUAAACAAUCACCGGCGGUUGCUAGCUCAGUAAAUGAUCCCUCACGAUUCCAGCAGGGUCUGCAGGGUUCUCAGGAAUGGAUGUGGAAGAAUAAUCCCACAGGUGCCUGAGUGAGAUAGGAUGUAUGCAGAAAUGUCUCGUAAUGAAUACCGAGUUAGAGGUGGUUUUGCCUAAUGCGAGAUAUGCUGGGAGAGUGCAAGGAAAUGUAGACUUGAUAAUGAAGUUAAUGCAUGGCAGGGUUCUUCUUUAUCGGUUUCUUUCCCAUGUUUUGUCAUUUAUUGACUCCUGGGUCAUUAACAUCUUGACCUAUGCGCCUUCUCUAACUUUGUAACAUUUAGACUAGUUUUCAGUUUUAGAUCUAAUCUUUUUUUUCUUCUCCAUAUAUGAGGAAUCUGUAAAAUCGAUAAGAGCUUUGUAACACAUUUUUAGAGAGAUACAGUCUUGUUAGCUGUUAUAAUUUUCUUUACA